AUGCAAGGCUUAUACAAGACUGCUGGCUGGCUUCUCAUUACUCUGGAGGCUCUCAGUGUAUUCUCUGGAGUUAUUGCUUUCUUCCCAGUCUUUUCCUACAAGCUUUGGUUCACAGGAUGGAGUGUCUGGAUUGCUUGUCCCAUCUGGAAUGGAGCUUUGGCCAUCAUGACUGGUAUACUCCUACUGUUGGCUCACAAAGAGUGGACCCAGAGACGCCUGUGGGAAGCUAGUUUCACCUUUGUGAUUCUGAGCAUCCUGGGAUGUCCACUUCAUUUUACUGUAGCCUUGGCAUCUGCUCUCCUUGGCCCCCCGUAUUGCUUCUACUCGUUUUGGGGGAUUGCAGGGACCAAUUACCUUGGUUAUGCAGUUGCCUUUCCUUUUCCAUAUGCAAAAUUCCCAUCAGUGUGUGUAGACCCACCACACUAUGAAGAGUACCCUCAAGCCUUAGACCUGUGCCUGAGCUUUGCCAUGCUCUGUGUGUCCCUGACAGCGUUCAUCACACUUUCUGCAAGACUUAUCCGGAAUGGACAAAAUGUAAGUUACCAGAAAGGGGGAACCAUUUCCUGUUCCAUCCUAAAUGCUAAAAUGGAAAGUUUGGUAUAUUAA